UGACAGUCGGAACUUUUGCUCGUCGUCUGGGCAUGCUGUUCCACAAUGAGGCUGAAGGCAAAGCCCCUGAAGAUCCUCCAAAACGCUUUGAAGACUCAGUGGAAGAAAUUCUUGGGAAUGAAGAGCUGGCUUCCACUGUGCCCCUUCUUACUACUCAGUUGCCUGACAAUUUUGACUCUCUAGCUGAACACGCUAACCUCUUAGCCACUCCUGUUCAAUCUCCUCUUCAGAUUGGUGGCUCGAGCCCCUUUGUGCUUCUCGAGGAGCCUCAAGUAGAGGUGGAGAUAGAAACUGAAGCAGAUGUUACUCUGGAGGAGGCUGAGGAAGCAAGAGAGUCCCCUCUGCACAAGAGAUUGAGCAUGAGUUUGAUAACAUGCCACGAUGGGGCGACUUCAUCGCAGAUCUUUGCUGAGGUUCAUCACGAAAAUGCCAAUUUCCCAGAACCUGCAGUCGAGGUGGAACCACUCGCCAAUGGUGUGGAUCAUUCAUAUGCCUUUCCUUCUAUCGCAGUUGAACCAGAGUCCUCAAAGUCCUCCCUUAACAAUGUGGAGAAUUUCUCAGUUUCCCAGGAGGCAGAAAACCUUCCAUCCUCUGAGGAAACCAAAGAGUAUUCUUCAUCAGGGCAGAUGGAGGCAUGUGCAGGCAUCCGCUGCCCCGUCUUUGAAACAAAGAGCCCAAGCCAGCUGGAGUUUAAGCCACAGUGGUUGGGGAAAGGCUUUGGCGCCACGGGGUUGAGAGUCAGAGGAGUGCAAGCAAACAGUGGAAAAGGAGGCCAGUCUCCUCUCGCAGUCCGUGUAGCGGUAAAGAACGCAACCAAUGAAAACAAGGGACAGUCUGGAAAACCAAGGCAGAAAGAUUCUGAGGGACGUUCUCCUUUACAAAUCCUCAACUCUCCCCUGGACCAACGUUCUCAGACGAAGCUGAAGGUGUCCAACCAAGACAAACUGAGGCUUGGACAAAUGGACCGCCGAGUGCUGGCAGUGUGUCUGGAUAAGGAGAACCGAUGA